CCCCCUAAACUAGAGCAAAAGAAGUUAAAACCAGCCAUUGCCUCAUUGUACUUUUCUGUUUUUCUUUAUUUCUGAGUUCCAUGGCGGUGGAUCACAUUAUUCAUCAACAACACAACAAACACCUUCUUGAUCUGCAACACAUUCCCUCUUUCAAUUCGUGUCUCAGCCCUAGAAUCAUAGAACCUUGACAAGUUUCGUUUCUCUUUUUCCCACAUUCCCGAGAAAGAAAAAAUAAAUUCAGAAAUGCCGAUUUUCUAAUGUUAAUUAUUUCUCACCCUUUUUCUGGUAACAAUACAUUUCCGUUUUUUUUGUUCCCUUUCACAAUCUUCAAGGUUCCAUUUCUCACCAAUGCAUGCCGCAAAAUCGCAAAUUUCCCUCGACCCAGUUAAAUUCCUCGGCUCAAUCUCAUGCACCUCCCCUCACGUUGCUUCCAAUUUCCCCUCAUUCUCCAUGACCGAGAUCUAGGGUUUCUUUCUUCCUCAUUGUUGUUUCCUUCAGGAAGAACCCAUUGAUUUUCGUGCCACAUUGAUUUCAUUUCCUUAAUGGGUUUCAUCUAAAGCUUCAAAAUUUACCGCUUCCACCAUCCGGGUCGCCAUGCUGAAGCAAUUCCUCAGUAAACUCCCUCGCAAGAACUCGAAGCCCGACUCGGACGAGUCAUACCGAGGCGACUCGUCGCGCUCGGACGUUUCCCCGCGCAGAAACAGCCGCCAGCACGGCGGCGGGGGCGCCGCCGCCGCGAAACGGACGUCCUCGUCGGCUGUGUUCCCGGCGAGCACGGUGUCGGUGAUAGAACCUUUGGUGCCGUUUAAGGAUGUUCCGAGCUCGGAGAAGAUGACCCUUUUCGUGAGCAAGCUGAGCCUGUGUUGCGUCACGUUCGAUUUCACGGACCCUGGUAAGAACACGGUUGAGAAAGAGGUUAAAAGAAGAACCUUGGUGGAACUCGUUGAUUUCGUUUCCUCUUGUGGGUCCUCUAGAUUCGGUGAAGCUUCUAUUCUCGCUCUGUGUAGAAUGUGUGCUAUUAAUCUCUUUCGCGUUUUCCCGCCAAAUUAUAGGUCCAAUCGUGGUGGUGAGAAUGAUGAUGAUGAGCCAGCGUUUGAUCCCGCUUGGCCUCAUUUGCAGCUUGUGUAUGAAUUGCUGCUCAAGUUUAUAACCUCGAAUUGCCUUGAUGCUAAGGUUGCUAAGAAGUUCAUCGACCAUUCGUUUAUUUUAAGGUUGUUGGAGUUGUUUGAUUCGGAGGAUCCUAGGGAGAGGGACUGCUUGAAGACCAUUCUGCAUAGGGUUUAUGGCAAGUUCAUGGUGCAUAGGCCCUACAUUAGGAAAUCUAUUAACAACUUGUUUUAUAGGUUUGUGUUUGAGACUGAGAGGCACAACGGGGUGGCGGAGUUGUUGGAGAUUUUCGGGAGCAUAAUUAGCGGUUUUGCUUUGCCUUUGAAGGAGGAGCACAAGAUCUUUUUGUGGAGGGUUUUGAUCCCCUUGCACAAGCCCAAGUCCAUGGGGGUCUACUUCCAGCAGUUGUCUUACUGCGUCACGCAGUUUAUCGAGAAAGAGCCUAAGUUGGCCAGCAUUGUGAUUAGGGGGUUGUUGAAGUAUUGGCCGAUAACGAAUAGUCAGAAAGAGGUGAUGUUCCUGGGUGAACUGGAAGAAAUUUUGGAAGUUAUUAACAUGGUAGAGUUCCAGAGGGUCAUGGUGCCUUUGUUUUGGCGGAUUGGAUGCUGCAUUAACAGCUUGCACUUUCAGGUGGCUGAAAGAGCCCUUUUCUUAUGGAACAACGACCACAUUGUCAACUUGAUUGCUCACAACCGUCAGGUAAUCCUGCCGAUCGUAUUUCCAGCCUUAGAGAAGAAUUCUCAGGGCCACUGGAGCCAGGCAGUGCACAACCUAACUCAUAAUGUUAGAAAAAUGUUUGUGGAGAUGGAUGAGAAGCUGUUCCUGGCUUGUCAUUCUCAGUUCAAGGAAGAAGAAGCGAUGCUAAAUGCCGGAGCUGAGAAGCGCAAGGAAGCCUGGAAACAACUAGAGCAUGCAGCCAGUCUCCAGCCUGUGAUUGGAAAUACCCCAGUUUUAGUGUCUCCACUUUGAUAACCAUGUAGCGUAUGUAUGCAUGAAUGUAUGUAUGUCAGACACUUAAUCCUUAUCUCUUUCCUCCUGUAAUGGUGGAAAACCACUAGAAAAAGUGGUAAAUGGCUGUUAUUGGGAGUAAGCUUUUUGUUUUUGGUUCCUACAUGAUGCUUUUGAUGCUUCUGGCAGCCAGAUGUUGUUGUACCUUGUAACAUGCUUUUGAUUGCCACUGUAUGGUAGCAACUUAAUUGCCUCCUUCUGAUAAGUGAUGAGAAGGACCAUGCAGUGAUCAAACCAUUUUCUGUAUAAGCCUAUUUCCAAAAUUCUGUUCUGUGCUUC